AUGUGUGUCAAUCCCAUAAAAAAAUGUCCCACUUGUCUGCAUCUGUACACUUCUACAUCACAAGAACAUGUGAAACAUUGUGGGCUUCAAUAUUGUCCAAAUUGUUCGAAGGAAGUGAUCAUUUUACAGCACAAGUGCUUCCUUCAGUCCACUGAUGAUGACUAUGAUAAGAAAAACACUAUCUUUGUGUACUUUGACAUUGAGGCGCGUCAAGACACUGGAAACCAUAUUGCAAACCUAUUAUGUGCAGAAACGGAUCAGAACAAUCAACAAUUCACCUUUAAAGGCGAACAAUGUGUUGAGUCAUUCCUUCAAUGGGUUCAUACCCUAGCUAAUGAUGAAACUGUAGAUAAAGUUAUUGUGGUAGCCCACAAUUUCAAAGGCUAUGAUGGUUAUUUAAUUUUGGAGGAACUUUACAAACAACAUACAGGCAACUCGCAACAAAUUUUCAAUGGAGCCAAAAUUCUAAGUUUGGAAUUACCAAACAUCAAAUUCAUCGACUCGAUGAAUUUCUUCCCCAUGGCAUUGGCAAACUUUCCCAAAACAUUUGGACUGAAUGAACUAAAGAAAGGCUUCUUCCCACAUUUCUUCAACACGCAAGAGCAUCAAAUCUACGAGGGUUACAUGCCAGAUAGAAAGUAUUACGACCCUGAUGGUAUGUCUCCAACACGCAAACAAGAAUUCGAGUCAUGGUACGACGAAAAAGUACCAAUCCAAUGUCAGACUCUUGAAGCAAGGAUGCAUGAAAUUCCAGGUGCAAUUUAAAGAAAUUUGCGGGUUUAACCUGAUGAAAAAUUGCAUCACCAUCACAUCAGCCUGUAAUAUGGCAUACCGCAAAAAUUGGAUGCCAGAAAAUCAAAUUGCUAUCCAACCUGUCCGUGGCUGGCACACCAACCAUAUUCAAUUCCAUAAGGCGUUAAGAUGGCUCUACUGGGAGGAAAAACAACUUACCAGAUCUGACCUCCUUCCCCGUAUUGCCCAUGUCAUGAACAAUGGUGAAAGAAAGUUAAAGGACGGAACCAAAUCAUUCCUGGUAGAUGGAUACGACGAGAAAACGCGUACCAUCUACGAAUUCCAGGGGUGUUUUUACCACGGCUGCACCACAUGCUUUCCCAACCGUGGUAUGAAACACCCUACCAUCAAAAUAAAACAAUGAGGGAUGUUCAAGAAGAAACCAGAACAAAAGUCGAACGCUUAUCCCAGUUGGGAUACCAUGUAAAAGAAAUGUGGGAAUGCGAGUGGAACCGGAAGAUACAAACAGAACCACGCAUCAAUGAAUUUAUUGAAUGGUUAGACAUUGUUACACCAUUAAACCCCCGUGAAGCCUUCUUUGGUGGGCGAACAAACGCCAUCAAACUCUACCACAAAGUAAAAGAUGGUGAACAAAUUAACUACAGCGACAUGAUUUCCCUCUACCCAUGUGCUAAUUUGGAAUGUGAUUACCCCGUUGGUCAUCCGCAAUUAAUCGAUCAACCCGGAACCACAGACGUCAGCAGGUACUAUGGGUUGGUAAAAUGUAACAUUUUACCACCUUAUGAACUCUAUCAUCCUGUUUUACCAUACAGGAUAGAAUCAAAACUCGUUUUCCCAUUGUGCAGAACCUGCGUGCAAGAACAGUUGAAACAACAUCUAACCCAACGCAGCGAAAAGUGUCCACAUUCCCCCUAG